AAUAUUUUGUAGCGGCGAAACCUCCGCACUAUCAUGACAAGCAGCGUCGGUCUGUCUCUCUGAUUCAGCCCACAGUAAUGCCUUCAAACGCGAUACUUCACUUGUGGAAAUAAUGAAAACAUGAAGUCGCUGUUUCUGGUACUUUGUAAGAGUUGAAAAGAGUGGAGAUGUUUCUUUGAACGGAGCUAGUUGGUUGUGAGGUGCUGAAGAGAAGAUUAUCAUUUCCUGACAGGCUGUUUCUGUUCAACUGCGACAGACAUCAAAACAUCCCGAGGCCACAGCUUCCCCUUCAGUCGUCAUAUGCCGCUCUUUUUAGUAGCAUUUGUAAGUCUCUGCUUUGCUGCUGUCCUGCCCUCAGCUGACGACGGUAUCUGAAGGCAAAGAAAGACUGUAACCAGCCAUGUCUCGUAGGAGUUCUCGCCUCGUGUCCGGCGGCUACUAUAACUCAGAUGAAGAGUCUGAUUCGAGUAGUGUGACUAACAUUUCCUACCGGGAAAACCCUGUCAAGGUUUUCAAAAAGAAGUCUGGAAACCGUAAGAGUGGCUCUCGUACCCCGAGUAGAACCAAAAGCAAUACUAGAUCUUCUAGCCCUGAGCAGCUCGAUCCAGCAGACCAGUGUGAUGGCCUGAGUGUUUCUCCCUCCACCAGUCAGAAUCAGACAACAAUGAGGACCAUACCCUACGUUACUGCCACCCCUCGGCCUGCCCUGACCCCAUCGUCAGCUCGGAGUCGGACGCCCACAAGCUGCCCUUCGGUACCUCCAGAGACAAGGUUUUACACUGCUGGGCUCCACAGCCCCAGUAUACAAGGAUUACACCUCAGACCAAACCCCAAGGAGCUGAGUCAGAGCAGUGUGGACAGCUCGGGGUACUCGUCCUCUGAGGGGAAUCACAGGAAGCCCACUGCCUUCACCAGCAGGAUCCAAAGUACCAGUGGGGCUCCUAGUGCUGGAUACAGAAGCCGAAUCAGCAGUGCCUUGUUUGGUCUGAUGAACUCAUUCUCAUUGAUGGCUGCUGCAGUUCACUCUAAAGUAAUACAUCUCACAGCUUUAGCCUACGGGUCAAUCAGCAGUAACAUGAAGAAGGCUUGUGGUCUGUUUAUCCUCCUCUUGAUUCUACUACUAUGUAUUUGGUUCUUCCUUCCUGUGUUGACCUCUCUCACCUCCCGCAUGACUGUUACAAAGACCCCGUCACAAAUCAAACCUCAGAGUCAACCUGUUAUCCUUUCCACUCCUCCUCCUCCUCCUCCUCCUCAACCCAACACCAUGCAUCUUACACCUGUGGUGGAUCCAGCCAUUGUGUCCGCUGCUGUAGAAGCAAAGAUGCAGGGUCUUAAGGAGGAACUGCAGCUGACACAGAUAGAACUGCAGCGGAAGCAGGAACACCUUCUUUCCCAGAUGAAGGAGAGGGUACAGAUGGACAUGCAGGAUAUGAAAGCAAAACUUGAUGUCGUGGACGCAAACAGUCGGCUCCGUCUGGAGCAGGAGGUUGCUGGGUUGGGCAAGACGAUGGUGGAUCACCAGACACGCAGCAGCAACACGGCUGCCGUUCUCACCCUCAAGAUCCAAGCUUUAGAAGCCCAAAACUCAAAGCUGUCCCAGGAGUUGUCCUCCAUCCAGCUGUCUACCCCGGCCCCCUGCCCUCAAACAAACUCUGCCCCCAUCGAUAACCAUCUCACCCCAGAGCUCCAACAGGCCAUGGAGGCGUGGCUCACAGACCGCAUCAAGGAGCAGGAUGCUAUCAGACUCAGAGACAAAGGAAGCUCCCCAGACUGCGGACGGCCCAUGGCUGACAAAAUGGCUGACUUUGCACUGGAGACUCAAGGGGCCAGCAUGAUCAGCACCAGGUGUUCAGAGACGUAUCGAAUCCGUUCCGCCUGUGUCACCCUUUUCGGAAUCCCUCUGUGGUACCCAUCUGAAAGCCCACGCACUGUUAUUCAGGGCUACCCGGUGCUUCUCCCUGGGAAAUGUUGGGCAUUUCACGGUGUCCAGGGGACUCUUGUGAUCUCCCUGUCUCAUCCCAUCAGGAUAACUCAUGUGACGCUGGACCACCUCCCUCGCUACAACUCUCCCACCGGCACCAUCGAAUCUGCUCCCAAAGACUUUGAAGUCUAUGGAAUGAAAGACGACGCAGAAGAAGGAACUCUGCUGGGGACAUUCACUUACAAUGAAGAUGGUGAAUCAACACAGACCUUCAAGCUGCCGAAUCCCAGUGAUGCGGUGUAUCGAUAUGUGGAGCUGCGUGUCCUCACUAACUGGGGUCAUGUAGAAUACACAUGCCUGUACCGCUUCCGUGUUCAUGGACAGAUUGCCAGCACAUGAAAAACAAGAUCCACUGACUCAUCACUCCAACAUAUCAGAGAGUACAUGUGCAAGGUACAUUAUUAAAAAAAUAAA